CCCCCAAAGACGACAGGUUAAGAUUUUUUUUUUUUUUUUUUUUUUUUUUUUUUCAAAAUUCAAAGAAAAGUCUGAUACAAAUGCAACAUGAAUCAAACAACAUGCAUACCAAUAAGACAGGUCAUGUAUUCAACAGCAAUGACGAUUUUAAAUAGCUUCAUAAUAAUAAGCAGUCAUCUGUAUAUGAAGGGCUCUGCUGCGACUGCGAGGGCAGCAACAGCGCCUCCCUAGAGCAUGCGAUGUCCGAAAAGCGCAACGACACAUUGUAGUCGAAAUACCCCAGCUCGAGGGGGCCCCCCUUUCCCAUGCAUUAGCGCGACAGCGUCAAGUGCAAGUGAAAAGUGAAAAAUUAAAAUGAAGCGAAAUUAUCUCUCCGGCAAUCAAAAAAAGAAGAAGAAAAGGGAAGAGGAGCAGAAAAGAAAACAAGACACCGGGGCAUUGCUGAAAUUUCUUCAUCCCGCUCUACCAAGUGUUGUCUCUGGUGCUACUGAAGGGCCAUCAACAUCGUCUUCGUCACAUGUUUAUGAGGAGGAGCAAGUGGAAGACAACAUUGCGGCGUCCACACCACUUCCCAGCAGUGGUUCAACAGAAGCAGUGCCAUCAACUCCAUCACGACUUGAGGAGGAGCAAGUGGAAGCAUCCACACCACUUCCCAGCAGUGGUUCAACAGAAGUGCCAUCAACUCCAUCUCCACUUCAUGAGGAGGACAAAGAGGAAGAUGACAUUGACAUGGCAGAGACCACCCCACCAUCCAGAACUGGGGUACCUGUAGGUAUUGCAAGCACCACAUUAAGUGAUGACCCAGGAUGUUGGCCCAGUGUCCUAACAAGCAGUAUGCGCUGUGAAAUAGUCAAAAAAGGACCUGUGCAAAUCAUGGACAUUGAAUUCCCGCAAAACUUAGACAAUCCUCCUCGAAGAUUCACCAAGGACAGUUACAAAAGAACCAUGAAAAAUGGUGAGAAUAUACAUCGAUCGUGGCUGGUGUAUUCCAUCCACACAGAUGGAGUGUUCUGUUUCCCUUGUACUGUUUUCGGGAAGCGUGAGCGUGACAAUGCCUUAACGACCUGUGGCUACGGUGGAUGGAAGAACCUUUCCUAUCGCCUAAAAAAACACGAGUGCACAAAGGUGCACUGUGACAAUGUGAAAAAGUGGCACGACCUUCAGAGGAGACUGCAAACCAGUACACUGAUUGAUCAAAGACAGAUGGAGUUGAUGCAACUUGAAGUUGAACACUGGAAAGGCGUGAUUCGGAGAGUGAUUGCCAUAGUUUCCCAUCUGGCAGAACGCAACCAGGCUUUGAGAGGAACUACCAGUACCGUGUAUGAUCGCCACAAUGGGAAUUUUCUGGCUCAAGUGGAACUCCUAGCACAGUUUGAUCCGGUAAUGAAUGAACACAUCAGACGAAUACAAUGCAAAGAGACAAAGGUGCAUUACCUGAGUGGAGUCAUUCAGAACGAAAUCAUUCAGCUGGUCGGAGACAAAAUCCUACAGGAGAUUGCAAGAAGAGUGCACAAAGCAAAAUACUUCUCCGUGAUCAUGGAUUGCACUCCUGACAUCAGCCACAAGGAACAACUUUCUGUUGUUCUCAGGAUUGUCAACUGUGAAACACCUGUUUCUAUUGCUGAGCAUUUUUUGGGAUUUGUACAUGUUGAAGACACAACUGGUAAAGGGCUCAGUGAAAUCCUGCUUGACCAGUUGGAGAAGCACAACCUCAGCAUUUCAGAUUGCCGUGGGCAGUCAUACGACAAUGGCAGCAAUAUGAUGGGCCACAAACAGGGUGUGCAGGCAAGAAUUUUAGAGCUGAACAACAAGGCGCUAUGCAUCCCAUGCAGCAGUCACACACUAAAUCUGGUUGUGUCAGAUGCUGCCAAGUCUUCAGUGUUGUCCAUGUCUUUUUUUGGUAUGCUGCAACGACUGUACAACCUUUUCAGUUCCUCUGUGCACCGCUGGGCAAUUUUGAAGCAGCAUGUGAAGCAGCUCACCCUUAAGCCACUUUCAGGGACGAGAUGGGAGGCCCGAAUUGACAGUGUGAAGGUAGUGCGGUACCAUCUACCUGAAAUACUAGACGGACUGUCAGCACUGGAGACAUAUGCUACAGAGAAGGGGGACUCAGAGACCAUGUCCUCAGCAAAAAGCUUACAUGGUGAGCUUAAAACAUGGUCCUUUCUUCUGUGCACAAUAACCUGGUACAACGUUUUGUAUCAGGUUAACCAUAUGAGCAAGCUCCUCCAGAGCCCGGAUGUUUCAAUGCAAACACUGAAAAAAGAAACCGAGGGAGUGACAGAGUACCUAGAAGAUUUCAGGGAAAAUGGACUCGCAUCAAGCCAAACGGAUGCAAUGGAGAUUGCAGAAGAUCUGGAAAUUGAGAGGAAAUUGCCUGAGAAAAGGCAACGUAAAAAGAAAAGGCAGUUCCUUUACGAGAGUACAGAUGAAACCCAAUCGACCCCAGAAGAGGCCUUCAGAAGGGACUUCUUCCUGCCUUUGGUUGACACUACCAUCACCAGCCUAAAAGACAGAUUUUCCAGACUGGAGGGGGUGUAUGCCCUGUACGACUUCCUGUUCAGCAUUGAUAUCAUGAGGGCCACAAUCAAGACUGGGAAAUUGCAUGAGAGAUGCAGGAAAGUGGAACAAACCCUCCAUGAUAUUGAUGCAGACGACUUGGCAUUGGAGAUCAACUCUGCUGUCCACACCUUUCCAGAUGAAGUAUCCAGGUGCCCAUUUAAAAUGCUGGACUACAUAUACAGUGAGAAGCUGUUGGACCUGUACAGCAAUUUAAGCAUUGCACUGCGCCUACUUCUGACCCUUCCUGUCUCGGUUGCCUCCGGAGAGAGGAGCUUUUCAUCUCUGAAGCGCAUAAAGAAUUACAUGAGGUCAACUAUGAGCCAAGAGAGGCUCUCUGGACUGGCACUCAUGUCAAUUGAGAGUGACGUCCGCAGGUCUUUGGACUUGGAGGGGAUUGUGUCUGCAUUUGCUGAGGCCAAGGGCCGCAAGCAGCAGUUUCAGUAGGAAAUAAAAAAAAUAAUAAAGGCUACUUUUCAGUGUAUGUUUGACCUCUUUUGUGAUUAAAACGCACAGAAUUGCGGAAAUUUUUUUUUUAAAGGCCCCCAACAACUUCUUUGCCUAGGGCCCCCAAAAUCCUAGA